AUGCCAGAUGAACUAGCAAACUGUAGUGUGUGUUGCUGUACCACGACAAAUAAGAUACUUACAGUAGUCUUCAUGGUAUUACUGAUGCUUGCCAUACUUUUUGGAAACGCUCUAACAUUAGCCGUUGUCUUCGGAACCAAGCAUUUCCACACUCCGCAGGGUUAUUUAAAAGCAUCAUUGGCUGUGGCAGAUCUGGCUGUGGGAAUUUUUGUUGUACCCGUCUCCGUUUACGCAGAAAUAUCUCUCAUGAUCCAGAAGUCGGCACCAGAGUGGAUGGUGCGCAAUUCACAAAAGGCAACUUUUCAUCCAUGCAGUUUGAUAGGGCCUGUGUUUGCGGGGUGUACUUUAGUUUCCAUUACAACCAUUUUCCUCUUGACCAUUGAAAGGAGCAUCGCCGUUUUAAAGCCACUACACAAAGAGUCCGUCAUUACCAAAAAAAGAACAUUCAUACUAAUAGUCAUUUCUUGGAUGGGGAGCUUUUUCCUGGCAACGUCGCCGAUGGUUUUCACCAAUGAAAUUGCAUUGGAGUACAAUCCUUGCAGCAGAAUGUGCAAUUACGCAUUGGGAAGCACCGAUUUACCGUCCCAGGCUUGGAACAUUCUCUUACUCUUCCCUGCCUUCGAUUUCACUCUACUCGGAAGUACACUUGUCAUCAAUAUCAUAUCGCUUACCACAAUUCGCCAGCAUUCUAAAAGAAGACAGCAUCUCGCCGAAACAGAGACUCAAGGCGCAACGAAACCUACCUUCUCAGACAUCAAGGCUGCCAGAACCAUAGGGACUCUGACACUUGCUUUCACGGCUUCUUUCACCCCCAUCGCCGUGUUUGUUGUUGGAAACGUUUUCGGAAACGAAUGGUGCGAUUUUUCAUUUUUUGCCUUUUGGAUUUUGACGACGAAUAGCUGCUGUAAUGUUAUUAUAUAUGGCGUUAGGGACCAGAAGUUCAGAAACCGCGCUUAUCAACUAAUUGUAUCUGCACAGCUGAAUAAUACGCCUAAAACCGAGUGUGAAAACACUGAGAGAACAAACAUAAUCAGGGAACACGCGCGCAAACCUUGA